GUACAUGUACAGCUGCGUCUUUGAUUUGCCACUCCGGAGGCGAUAAGCAGCGGCCUGGCGAACUAGCACCCUCCCGCGUUAAGUGAAACGCGAAAUUGUCACGGAACCCUGUGACCCGCCAGGGCCACUCAUCCCAGUUGACCAUUUCUGUUGCAGAACAUCAACUUCUAUCCCCUCAAGUGCCUGUUUUCCCAUCAAAAUGACCGACAGAAGACAGACAAGGAAUCAAAUCCGGGGCCCGCAUUCGGCACUCACUGACUUCCUUGCCUCUAACAACAUCUCCGCCGCUCAAAUCCACCAAGACUACCAAAGACGUUUGAGGGAUGCAGAACAUCAGGCAGCUGAUGAAAUUGAAGAGAACUAUAAUCAGGAACAGGGGCAUGAGAACAGGGGCGAGCUGAAGAAGCGGAAACGAAAGGAGGAUGUCGUUUUGGCAAAAGUCAAGCAAAGCAAAGAAUUCGCUCAGCGCAAGGCACGACGAAUGGGCGAGCCAGAUGACGAUGACGAUCUUAUCGCCCGAGAGAUGAUGUACGAAAGGUCGCGUCCGAUGCCAGGUCAGCUUGAUAACUGCGAGCUAUGUGAUAAACGCUUCACAGUCACUCCAUACAGCAAAACGGGCCCAACUGGCGGACUCCUCUGCACUAAGUGCUCAAAAGCGCAAACAGACAGCGAGAAUAAAGCUAAGGCAAAGAAACGCGGACCAAGGACUGGUCGGCGCCAAAACCAGAGCAAUCUUCUCGAUGGACUCGCUCAGCAAGGUGCCCUGAGCUUGGCCGAGAUGUGCACGAAGAAAGUUGCAGAUAACAUCAAUGACAUCGAAGAGUUCGGCGACUUGCCAUCGCAAUUACUGCUUCGUCUCAGUCAGAUACUUUCCAAAAGGCGAGUGAUGACACCUCGGACUCUAAAUCUUUUUUUGCGUCCUGACCUCGACUCUAUCAAUAUCUACGAUGCUGCUAAACUUGAAACGCAAGAUUUUGAGAAGAUUUUUGUAUUAAUGCCUUCUUUGACUCAUGUCAACAUCCGUUUUGCAGGUCAACUAAAAGAUCAGGUGGUGGGGUCUAUGCUGAACCGCAAUCUUCGAAUCAAGAGUCUUCAGCUAGAUGCUGCCAAUUUGGUGUCAGAUUCUUCAUGGCGGCAGCUGUUCCAAAGGCUAGGACCACAGCUACAGAGCCUCAAGUUAUCCAAUCUCGACUGUUCUUUGGACGACGAGACUUUGGAGGUGUUAAGCAGCUGCUGUACCACACUCCGUCGUUUAAAAUUGAAACACUGUUGGAAGCUGGGGGAUCGUUCACUUCAAGCCAUUUCAACUCUGACAAGCUUGAUGCAUUUAUCUUUACACUUCUAUCAGGAUGUGGAGAACGAAACCCUUAUCAACACAAUCUCUCGGGUGGGCCCGAAUCUGCAGACGUUGUCGCUAGAGGGCUUCACUACUGCGGAUGAUCGUCUUCUUGAUAUGAUCCACGACAAGUGCAGGCUUUUGACUAAGUUGCACUUCUCCGAGAACGCCGUCUGUACUGACAAGGGAUUUGUUCGUCUCUUUACCAACUGGCCAAAUCCUGCUCUGAAAGUUGUGGACAUGUCGUCGACCCGUGAUGUCGAUAAUGCCAACCCAGACGGCCCCACAGAAGCCACAGGCCUCGCAUCUCAUGGAUUUGUCGCACUUAUGAACCAUUCAGGCUCUAUGAUCCAGAGGUUGAAUAUUUCGUCUUGUCGUCACAUAUCACAUGCUGCCUUCACUGAAGUGUUUUCAGAUGAGCGGACAUAUCCUAAGUUGAGGGAGCUCGAUGUAUCGUUCCACACGGUCAUGGAUGAUUACAUUGUGAGUCGCAUUUUCCAGAGCUGUCCGAAUAUCCAGAAGUUGGUCGCUUUCGCCUGCUUCAACCUGCGCGAUAUCCAGGUUCCCCCUUAUGUUGCCUUGAUAGGUGGCUUGAAGGCACAGAAUUCCAUCGCUCUGGAGGGAAAUAUGCAACCACAAUCGAAGACUGUUUAAAUUGGGCUUGGGGAUGCUCAUCCUGGAAUCAAUCAAUAAGUAUCAGGCCAAGCAAUAUCACAUGGAAUUUGGCGCCGAUUGCGCCUGUAUCCGGCUUUCGCACUUAAGAAAUUAUAUCCAGGCCAUUCAGACUGGCAUACUUUCUUGGGUGCUCUCUACAGGCACACCUGAAACCCCACUUGUGUAGAGAGUUCUGUCACCGUACUUCAUGCUCAAACUCUGCAUCAGGACCGGCAAGUGAGUGUAGUCUUAUCUAAAUGUUGUUAGAUACCAAA